AUGGGGGUAGACGACUUGCGUGAGCUGUGCCCUCAGGUGCAGAUCGUGGUGUGCGCGGUGCCGGAGAUGCCUCGGAGCCAGUCGAACUCGGAUUCAACGCGAGUUGCCACCUACGUCCGAAGGAGGGCGCGCGCAGCACCUGGAAGAGCGCCUCAGCUGCGGAAGCACCAGCAAGAACAACACACACUCGCGAGAAGCACCACCAGAAGGAGCAGUACCAGUCAGCUGCACCGAGACGCUCACCGAGAACCACCACCAAACCGCCGGUCCGUGGAGAGAAGGCGCUUUCCCGAUCGAAGCUCGCAUCCGGGCCCAACUUGUGCGCGUCCGCAACUCCGACAGCCGUCCCCCCCCCGCACGCCACUUCCACGCAGAAACUUCUCCACCCGACCCCGAAAGUUCGUGACCGUAGUGUGCGACGCGCCCCAAAAGAGACAGAGGCACCCGCACGCGACGGGCCACUUUGGCACCGAGACCUCAGACGCCGUGGUAUCCGGUGAGCUCCGUGGGCCAGCUGCUAUGAGCCGAAGCCCGUUCUCCGCCCAAGCGCUGUGGAGCUGCGUUUGCUUGGCAGUGCUGCUCGGUUCCCUGCUCACUGACGCUGAGCUGGACUGCAGGAAGUACCCGUUUUACUACAAGUGCCGGGGUAUCAGUGCCAAGCGCUCAUAUGUACCAUACAACAAGGCUGAGCCAGUGUCUCUGAAGGAGCUGUACAACGACGACGACGAGCCGAAGAACAAGCAGAAAACGCCGGAGGCGGUGCUAGCCUGGAUCCGCGACAGGUACGGCGACGAGGCUCUCGACGCGUACGACCGGCGACAACUCACCGAGGGCUCGUUCGAGAGGAAGCCGGUCUUCUGAAGGCCCACCAUGCCCGCCCUCCUCCCCGACACACGUCCGCGCACGGGCGCCGCCUCUCACCCAGAAACCAAGCGUCCCGAACAGCCCGCGGAGCUGGGCUCGUCCGGUGGUCGUCGCGGUUCUGCGGACGCCGACGCUCGGCGCCACCUGCUAGACCACGUGUCCAUGCGAUUUGCCCAAAUAAAGGCCCUCCGGGCCCCAUAGCUGCCCCGGUCCCACUUUGGUUACGUCCAGUGCGUACUAUAUAGCGUGCCAGUACCCGGACACCGGACGACACGUUCGCUGUUAAUCACGUAUGUGUGUGUCGUAUAUGUGCGUGAACCUGGCAUUGAAACCAUUUCGAUGAGCCAGACGCUUGACCUUGUUGCCCGCCCGUUCUAUUGCUCACAGUGUCUUUCUUCCCUCCGAAGCGGUACUUUCACCAGGAUCCUUCCGGGUUGUGUAUUUUGGGAGUGUUCGUUACGAUCACUCAGAUUCAAACGUAAAUUAGAUCUAGCGGUGGUACAGUGUAUACGCGACAAUGCGCUUAAAACAUAUUAAAUAAUGAUGCACCUCUUGUAUACUGCAAGGCGUCAAUCACGACUCACUCAACUAAUAAGUGCAUUAAGACACGGAUGAUUCACGAUGGUAAAUUGUUUUGUUAAUUGACUGGACUUUCCUCCUCUCUCAAUAGAAAUUGGAAAGUGCGAGAAAUAUCUGUUGCGCUUAAGUGAGCUGCGAAUGUGCCUACAGUGCUGACUCCUUUAGCGUUGUUGGUAGCGGAAAAUUUUUCAGGAGGUAAACGGCUGCGAUACAUGUAUACUUCCCUUUCGGCAUUAAUUGAUGAGGCAUCAAUACACACAAUAAAAGUAAAUAAAAUCACGCAGCAGGCAGACUACAAGAAGGUACGUAAGAAUCACAGCAGAGCGCAGCUUUCUGGACGUGGAGAAAUGUCCUGUAACCUUAAUACAGUCAACAAAUGAGAUUGUUAACGACUUUCAGGUAAGAGCUGGUAUACGCACCAGAUGCCAGAUGAAUUAUAAAACAACAUAGCGCACAUAGAAAAUAUAUCAGGUGCACUGGAAAUAUUUAUAGUCGGUACAUCAAGCUACGUGAAACAAUAAGAAAACGCUAAAUAAUCGUUCUCGGACAGCAAAAGGUUUGCUCCUUUAAUUGUUUGAUUCUUGUUUUUCGUCCACGGAGCCACUUUUCCACUUUUCCUUUUUCAUCUGCAGUAAACUGUAGUUGUUCUUAGUAUACCCCAUACCGACUACCAUAAGUAGUCAGCACAAAUAACACAAGACAAGAAAAAGAAUAAUUUCUUUUGAUACCCUACUCGGUUAAAGACUCACAGCUCGAAAAUUUACUUUCGUGCGUUAGUCGGGGGGGGGGGGGGGAGGAGGGGUAUGUAGACGGCAACUCGAAGUAUGUCAAAAACGAGACAAAUAUAACCGGCGAGCGUUACCCCCCGUGCCGUGUGCAGAUCUGUUUCACCCUGUAGGGUUAUCCAUAUUGUUAAUUCAUAUGUCUUAUUUAUGGAUCGCAAUGACGUUAAAUAUGAUGACAAGGUGCUGCCGUAGUUCCUAUAGUCCUCGGGCGGCUGUGUUCAAACAUACCCUCAGGUAUGCUCAAUUUCCGACACUAUAGUAGGCGCCUAUGUUGCCAAUCACCGACGAGCCCGAAUCGGCUCCCUCGUCAAUGGGCCAGUGUGCUAUAGCGCGAAUGAUAGAGGCAUUAUGUCACCUGUCGGUUCAAAUCGCCACUCCUUCGUCAACAGGUGCCGUGUUGCUUUGUUCACCCUCAUAAUCGUGACUACGAUUGUGCCCGACCUUCUUUUGCAACUCACGAAAGUUACACACUCCACCGCUAUUCGAGGGCCUGUCAUUCCUGCCAUGAACUUGCUUUAAGAGGCGUCCGAAGUUUUGGAUAUGUUAUUCUAACGUACCAGAAAGCACGAACGCGCUGCACCUUGUUUGUCCACAGACUUACGUUAAGUUUAGGCUGCUGACGUUGUCGGCGCCUUAUGAAUAAUUGUGCUACGGUAUCGUUUUCUGUGUGUGAUACAUAGACACCGUUGUACGCGUACGUAUGCGAACGUCGGAACGGCCCCUUUGCGUUUCGGCUUCCACGCCUCGCGACGCCGCUACGCAGAGUGACGCGAAGGUGACCUGUACUCGAAGAUAAACAUGUGCAAGAUCAGUGUCCGUUAGUUCUUGCAUUCUCUCACUGUGUGCGCCAAAGUAGUGAAAUAAAAGCAACCCAAAAGUACGAC